CGCAUGUUUGGACUGUGCUUUCUAUUCGACACAAAAUACUCCUCCAGUGAGUUUGCCGGAAUCGAUUUCAGUGGCUAGAAGAUGUUAUGAUCACCUUGGAUUCAUCCCAUUCAUGAGGGAAGGAUUCCUGCCCUGGAGUUAUGGGGACAGCACACUGGACACCUGACACUGGACAGGCAGCAGUUUGUCAUGCACACUCACAAGCCAGGGGAGGACACAGCACAUCUGCAGGGCCACAGGGGGAUGGAGUGAACAGAGAGAGGCCGUGGGAGGCAGACUGGAGUGAAGCUGGUUGCCCCGGAGGACGUGAUUGGCCUGGAUCACCAGCAUCUGAGUAAAGUGCCCGUGAAGAUUCAAUCCUUGUCUCUACUUACUGGUUCUGGUAGUGACGGGCCUGGGGAAUAAACAAGAUUUGCAUGAGCAAAAAGAUCUCUUGCAUCAGAAGAGGACACAACUGAAGGAAAAAGCUUCUCCAGUGGCAAACGUUUGCAGUUCCAUAUUCCGGCAACUCCAGUCAGGACAGCUCUGGACUCUCCGGUUUGCUACAUUAAUUUAAGACCGGAGAUAAGGUGCUUCUCAAGACCUGGAAGACAGGAUCCCCAGAAAGCCGACUGGAAGAAGAGUGGAGUGGACCUUGGGAUAUACUACUCACCGCCCCAGUUGCGGUGAAGUUGGCAGGAAUAACAUCUUAAAUUCUCACCGGAAUCCAAGUAAAGAAAGCACCACGAGAACAAUGGGCCACCAAACCCCAAGAAGACCUGGAAGUCAUCUUUUGCAAACAAUGCCAUAUAUUGUUUGCAUCACUCUUUGUUUAGCCCCAUGUCAUGGAGAGCUUACUCCUUUCAAAGAAAAUGAAAACAUUUGGGUAUACUUAGCAAAAAAUGUUCUAAACACCUCUGACUUUUGUCUUGCAGGAGGAACCUAUAUCGAGCAAACUUUCGCCUCCUACAUUGUAGGUGUUUGUGCUCCCCUGGAAAGCCUUCGAAAUUACACUUUGUUUAAGUAUAUCAAUAAGACCAUAACCUACGCUGAUAUUUAUAAUUUUGGACCUUCGGUAAAUCUGAAGGACAGGGAAAUGUUUUCCAUAAAAGUCACUCAAGUAGCCCCAGCUGGGGAGUGUGCAAAUUUUGUCAACUGUACUAAAAACUGUUUUGUGCUCUCAGCAGAUGUGAAGAUGGAUUGCAACACCACCACUGACAUCUCUUACGCUCAUGCUCAUGUUAAAUUGCCUGCAGGAUGGUUUCUAAUAUGUGGAAGGACCGUUUACUCCUAUGUUCCAGCAAACAGUUCCGGGGGACCAUGCUCUCUGGGAAGACUGACUGUGUUUAUGCCUCAGAAGCCCCACCCCACCGGGGAUCCGCAGGAAUUCUUGCUUACACUGAAUUGUGACAAUUAUUUCCACCUUUUUAGCCUCACUGAACAUAUGCUUUUGACUACAUUUGUAGUGCCAGCUGUAGCAACCUCUUUGAAUAUGGAAAGGAGUACGGCAGCCUGCACUUUGGCAAAAGUUUUGAAUGCCACCAUUCAAGCCAUUGGCGCCAUCAGUCAAGAACUAGGACAAGCUGGAGAAGUGGCCUUACAAAAUCGAGCAGCUCUGGACUACCUCCUUUUAAGACAUAAUCACGGAUGUGAAGGAUCUAAAGAACUCUGCUGUUUCAACCUGACUGAUGACUCGCAGCUCAUAGAGCAACCCAAUGAGGGCUUCUUUGGUAUUGAUCUGUCUACACUGACCUCCUGGCUGCCUAGUAUUACCGGUCUUAGAGAGGCAUUUGUUGUUUUUAUUCUUUUUAUCUUUUUCAGUAUCAUAGCUUGUUGUUACAUACAAUGUGUCCCCUUAUGUAGCUCUGCAAUGAAGUGUACAAGACACACUCAACAGCAAAAUGAAUACGUCCAGAUGAAACCAAUCUCAAAACCAAUCUCACAGAAAUAAGAUAGUUGAAAACUAACCAUGGUGGGGGUGAGGGGGGAACUUGAGUUCAUGUUUUUUUAGCUUUAACUUGUAGUUAAUGGGCUUAGUGAUUAGUGCAUGUGGAAAGCUGUUUCUCCAGGAACUGGAAUGCAUGACUGGGCCUACCCUGACUCCAGAAGGACUGCAAGCAACCAAAACGGUAUAUGAGCCAUUGUGUUUGAUGGAGACAAUGUACAAACAUGAAUAAAAAAUUGCUGAUUGGCUUGAGAUGAGAUGUAAGAUGGUUUUUAGGGUAUAUAACCUGCCAUCUUCUCAGAUUGCCAACAUCUGAAUAAAGUGUCC